GACACCAGUGCUCCCAGUGCCACCAGUGCGCCCAGUGUCUCCAUUGCUCCUAAGGACACCAGUGUCACCAGUGUCCUGAGUCGUCCCAGUGUGACCAGCGUCCCCGCUGCGCCCAGUGUCACCAGUGCAACCAGUGUCCUGAGCCGGCCCGGUGCCACCAGUAUGGCCAGUGUCCCUGCUGGUCCCAGUGUCACCAGUGUCCUGAGCCAUCCCAUUGUGACCAGUGCAACCAGUGUCACCAGUAUGACCAGCGUCCCUGCUGCGCCCAGUGUCACCAGUGUCCUGAGCCGUCCCAGCGCGACCAGUAUGACCAGCGUCCCCACUGGGCCCAGUGUCACCAGUGCCCUGAGCCGUCCCAGCGCGACCAGUAUGACCAGUGUCCCCACUGGUCCCAGUGUCACCAGUGUCCUGAGCCGUCCCAGUGCAACCAGUAUGGCCAGCGUCCUCACUGGGCCCAAUCUCACCAGUGUCCUGAGCCGUCCCAGUGCGACCAGUAUGACCAGUGUCCCCACUGGUCCCAGCAUCGCAAGUGUCCUGAGCUGCUCCAGUGCAACCAGUGUCACCAGUGCUACCGGUGUCCCCGCUGGUUCUAACGUGACCAGUGUCCUGAGCCGCCCCAGUGCGACCAGUGUCCCCACUAUGACCGGUGUCCCCACUGGUCCCAGCGUCACCAGUAUGACCAGUGCUGCCAUCGCUCCCAGGGACACCAGUGUGACCAGUGCCACCAGUGUCCCCAGUGCUCGCAGUAGCCCCAGCGUGACCAUCGCUCCCAGUGCCACCAGUAUGAGCAGUGCACACAGUGUCCCCAGCUCUCCGAGGGAGCCCAGUAUCGCCAGUGCAACCAGUGUCACCAUCACACCCAUGGACACCAGGACCACCAGUGCUCCCAGUGUCACCGUUGCUCCUAAGGACACCGGUAUGACCAGUGUCUCCAGUGCUCCCAGUGUCACCGUUGUUCCUAAGGACACCAGUAUGACCAGUGUCUCCAGUGUCACCAUUGUUCCUAAGGAUACCAGUAUCACCAGUGUCACCAUUGCUCCUAAGGACACCAGUAUGACCAGUGCUCCCAGUGUCACCAUUGUUACUAAGGACACCAGUGCUCCCAGUGUCACCAGUGUGCCCAGCGUCUCCAUUGCUCCUAAGGACACCAGUGCUCCCAGUGUCACCA